AUGGCCUUGCGCAGCGCGGCGCGGAUCCUGCCGCUGGCGCUCGCCCUGGCGGUGGUGGCUGAGGUGUCCUGGGCCCGGAGACCGUCGGGCGCGCUAUGGCCUGGGCAGGGCUGCGCGGCGCUGGGUCGCUGCUGUCUGGGCCGUGAUCCGACCUGCGUCGCCCACGGGCCCCCGCGCUGCUUCUGCGACCAGGCGUGUGGCGCGGUGCGGGACUGCUGCCCCGACUACGCGCGGGUCUGCCCAGUGGUCUCCUGUGUUGUGGCAGAGUGGAGUGGCUGGAGUUGCUGUGUCAAACCCUGCCAGAUCUCCUAUCGCGUCCGCCAGAGGCGUGUCCUGCAGGAGCCGAGGAACGGGGGUGCUCCUUGCCCCCCGCUGGAAGAGCGGGCUGGGUGUGUGGAUUACCGGAGCCGCCAGGGAGUGGAGUGCCAACAGUCUUUAAUCCCUGCUCUGAUAACCACUGACAGCUACGGGAAGGAGCGGAAAAAGCGAGGGGUCCCCAAGAAGCAGGAGACAGCAGGGUACUGUGUUCAGUUCCAGCUGGGGCCCGUUCCAGGGAGCUGCCGACAGGUGAAGGCGCCUCACGCCCAGUGGACAAGGUACCUGACCCAGGGCCACAUGAUCUGUGUGAGGUGUGAGUGGCCUGCCCAGGACGCCAGGAGCCGGCGCUGCUACGGAGCUGGCGCCGGGACAGGAGGGAACCAGCGGCUGCGGUGGCAAGCGGCCGGCCACCCCUGGUGCCGAGGGACCUGGAUGAGGCUCAGGCAGCUCCGGGACUGUUCCUGCCCUGAGGUCCACAGCCUCGUCUUCCUCUAGCACCCGUGACCCUCUACCUGUCCAGAUCCCCUCUUUCCAAAGCCUCCCUGGCUGGCAGGGAAACCCCCAGGGCUUGGGAUCCCAUAGGAUGAGGCAGUGGGGAGAAGUAUGCAAAUGUCAGACUGGAGGAAGAAGCCUUGUCCUUCUGUUGACACUGAAAAUAGCUCAAUGCUUCCCCACUCCGGUUCUCCUUACCUGCAGACUCCGCCCACCUUUUUUUUUUUUAAC